AUGUUUUACCAUUUUUUAAAGCGCAGAACUGUUACCCUUCGCAGACAACCUGUUGGUGGCUUGGGUCUAAGUAUAAAAGGUGGUGCAGAACAUAAAGUGCCUGUUGUCAUCUCAAAAAUAUUUAAAGAUCAAGCAGCUGACCAGACAGGAAUGUUAUUUAUAGGAGAUGCUGUUCUUCAAGUAAAUGGAAUCAAUGUACAAAAUGCAACACACGAAGAAGUGGUUCACUUACUACGGAAUGCAGGAGAAGAAGUUACUAUCACUGUUCAGUACCUCAGGGAAGCUCCGUCAUUUCUAAAACUACCACUUGGUUCACCAGGCCCAUCAAGUGACCACAGUAGUGCAGCUUCAUCACCUCUUUUUGACAGUGGUUUACAUCUUAAUGGAAACUCCAAUAAUACAGCACCUUCAUCACCUUCCUCACCUACAGCUAAUGAACCAAAAUAUGAGAAGCGCUGGCUAGACACCUUAUCCAUCCCAUUGUUGAUGGCUCGAGUCUCAAGGUACAAAGCUGGAACAGAUAAAUUAAGGACUAAUGCUUUUGAAAUCCUGGCACUCGAUGGUGUUACAUCUGGAAUACUUCAGUUUUACACAGCACAGGAGAGCGCUGACUGGCUAAGAGCAAUAUCUACAAAUAUAAGUGAUCUGACACUGCAAAAUAUGAAAAUGGUAAAUAAAUGCUGCUCUUCAAAUGACCAGAUAAUACAUAUGGGAUGGGCAAGUGAAAGGCUACAAGGUGUCGAUUCAUCCUACUUGUACAAAUUCAAAUUCCUGGCAUUGAAGGGCUCCUCAUUUUAUGUUUUCAGUAGUCCACCGGUCAGCACAUUAGACUGGGUACGAGCUGAAAAAAUCUAUAACCUCUGUGAGGUGUUGUUUAAAGUUCAUAAGCUCUGGCUUGCAGAUGACUGCUGGCUACAAGCAAAUUUAUAUUUAGGUCUUCAUCAAGAUUAUGAGCUUCAAGACCAGAGGCCGUAUUGUUUCAGUGUAAUGGUCGGUCAUGGAAAGAGUCAUUACUUCAGUGUGGAGCUUGGCAGUGAGCUAGCCAUAUGGGAGAAAUCAUUCCAGAGGGCAAUUUUUAUGGAAGUCCAAAGGACUGGGUCCAAAACAUACAUGUGCAGCUGGCAAGGACAAGGCCUUUGUUUCACUAUUGAUUUUGCUGUAGGAUUUACUUGCUUUGACAGCACCACCAAGAAUGUUGUGUGGAAGUUUAAGUUUUCACAGCUUAAGGGAUCUUCAGAUGAUGGAAAAACACGAGUGAAAUUACUUUUCCAAAAUACUGAAACAAAACAAAUAGAGAUGAAGGAACUCGAAUUUCCAGAUUUGACUUCAGUUUUGCAUUGCAUCCACUCAUUUAUAGCAGCAAAAGUGGCAUCAGUCGACCCCGUGUUUGUUGAUAGCCAGAGUAUUGCCAAGAAGUACAUGUACCGAAACUGAUACCUGUGCAGGUGGACAGGAAUUGUUGUAUCAGGAUACUGCUGCUAACUUCAGAGAAAAACAUUUUUUCAUUCAUACUGUUGUACUGUUAAUUAUUUUAUAUGGAGACUCCAGCUGUGAUAUUGAAAACAAUACCUGAAGAACUGUUCUUUACAUUCAGAAAACAAGCUAAAAAUGAAAGGUACAAUUGCCAGGUAACUACGAAGAUGAUAAUCUGAUGUUCAAGUGUUGUUGUAUCACAGUUCACAGAGCAAAAUAUAAAUAUAUAUUUUUCACUGAGUUUCUCAGUGCAAAACACUUGUGCAUAUCAGAACAUACUUUCUAGAUAGUAUUUCCCAUGUUAAAGAGCUGCUUUUAGGGAAACCAGUUUUGGAAGUAAUUUGAAUUUAUUUGUACUUCUGCCUGGCUGUUAUGUAUAACUUGUCAUUGCAAAGACUUAUAAUUGUGAAGCACUUUAAAGUAUGCAAAGACUGGAUGUGACAAAGGAACAUGUAGGAGGAGGUAAAUAGGUGAUAUUACAUAUGACAUUCAUUAUCUGUAGCCAUUUCAGAGUUUAUUAAUUUCAUUACACUAACCAAUCUGAAACAAAAGCAACAAACAUAUUUCAAGUUCACAUUUUGUAUUUCAGCAUAACACCAAUAAAAUCUGAAACAGCAGAAUAGUGUUACCAUUCAUUGUCUGCAAAUUAUAAAACUAAAUUAUCUCCUUCUGUAUGCUCUUCUCAUUUAUAAGCAAAAGGAUCCUAAAGUACAAAGAGGUUGACAUAAUUUGUCUGAAAAUCCAACAGCAGUGAAAACAGAUUAAUAACUGAAUAAAUAUCCAGUGGCUUAAACGGAAUUAAUAUUUUUGUCACCUCAGCUUCAUUAUAAAAGAGUUAAUCCUAAGGAUAUCAGUGAGAUAUCUGCUCCUUCAACUAUGUUAGCUAGGGACCAUUUCUCAGAAAAAUCAUAAUCAUGCAUAUUUAUAUUUGAUUUCAACUGCUAC